AAGCUCAGUAUCCUUGCAUAGCCUCGGCACAGCGCUGCCUCUCACGGCUCCGUGUGAAUGAGAGUGUGUGAGUAAGCAGCAAUGAUCGGCCUGUCACUUCCAGCAGGUGCUCGGUAUGCAAAGCAAAGAGGAUGACAAAACCAUAGAUGGAGGGAGCAGGAAGCUGUUUGCUAUGAGAGAGAGGGGCAAAAAAAAUAUUGUUUUGUGCUGUUGAUGGUGGUGGAGCAGAGACAGAUAAAGAGGAUAGAGAGGGGAAGAGGAGGGGGGAUAAACAUGGUGAUGGAGAGUGAGUGAGAGGGAGCGAGAGGGGGGAGGAGCAGAGAGAUGAUUCCUCUCUAAUCCUCUAGACACACGCUCGGUCUGGCUGCCUCCUGGCUCAGAGAGGAAGAGGGAGACGGAGGCAGGUGAAGGCAAACGGAGAGAAACCAAGAGGGGAAAAGGAGGGGGAGAAAAAGCAAGAUGAAGGAAAGAGAAGAAAGCAGAACUGCCUCUCUGCAUGCUGCACGCUGAGACGGAGGGGGGAGAGCCGCCGCGAGAGCCAGAGAAGCAUGCAAGUCUCUGAGUGUGAAGAAGGAGCCUGAGGAGGAACACGAUGCUUCAGUCCCGCUGUUCCUGAACCCAACCAGGAGAGUACGAAGGCGCAACAGGAGGGAGGGCGAACAGAAGGGAAACCCUUGAGAAAAGAAAUAGAAUAAAGAGCAGAUCAAGAGAAACCCGGGGAAAGAAAAGCGACGAAGAGAAUGGAGGAGAGAAUCACAAGCAAAGAAGCAGAUCCCCCAGCAGCCCAGCUCACAUGAACGCGUGGAGCCGAGCCUGACCAAACUUACUACUUCAAGAUGCUGUCAAAGAACGAGCGUGAAAGGGCGGAGUGUUGGUGAUGGAUGUCCGCCUGCACGCACCGCUGCUUCUUCAAACUGAGCAGGAGUAGAUGAAAGCUGCGCUCUCCUCUAAUCCAGGUGUGUGUGAGGGAACAUAUGGCCAGGCAGAUGUUUGGGAAGUGAACGGAGACCAGGAGUCGCCAGAGCAGAAGCAGGGAGGAAAGGGGGGAAAACACACUCACGUGUAAAACUCCUUCACACCUGGAGAUCCACCGGAAGCCACUCGCUACCUCAUCUCUGCACAACAAGUGGACUUUGAGCACUUUAUCACCAGCGCUGCUUGUUCUCCUGCUGGCUGGGAAGCCCACUGGGGUGUCACUCCUGAUUUCCUCGGCCCAGUGGAUGCCUUCUAGCGCUGACCAUGGGAGAAUGGACCAUCCUAGAGCGCCUCCUGGAGGCUGCUGUGCAGCAGCACUCUACUAUGAUUGGAAGGAUCUUGCUGACGGUUGUGGUGAUCUUCCGUAUCCUGAUCGUGGCCAUUGUUGGAGAGACGGUGUACGAGGAUGAACAGACUAUGUUCAUAUGUAACACGCUGCAGCCGGGCUGCAACCAAGCCUGCUAUGACAAAGCCUUCCCAAUCUCCCACAUCCGCUACUGGGUCUUUCAGAUCAUACUGGUAUGCACUCCCAGCCUGUGCUUCAUCACCUACUCCGUCCACCAGUCAGCCAAGCAAAGAGACCGGCGUUACUCUUUCCUCUAUCCCAUAAUGGAGAAGGACUACGGGGGACGGGACGGGGCGCGAAAGCUGCGCAACAUCAAUGGUAUUCUAGUCCAGCAUGGUGGAGAUGGAGGGGGAGGGAAGGAGGAACCCGACUGCUUGGAGGUGAAAGAGAUCCCCAACGCUCCUCGGGGUCUCACCCAUGGCAAGAGCUCCAAAGUUCGGCGACAGGAAGGAAUCUCACGCUUUUACAUCAUUCAAGUCGUGUUUCGAAAUGCACUGGAAAUUGGCUUCCUGGCAGGCCAAUACUUCCUUUACGGCUUCAGCGUGCCUGGGAUUUUCGAGUGCGACCGCUACCCCUGCCUCAAGGAGGUGGAGUGCUACGUGUCCCGGCCCACGGAAAAGACGGUGUUCCUGGUUUUCAUGUUUGCUGUGAGCGGCAUCUGCGUGGUGCUCAACCUGGCCGAGCUCAACCACCUGGGCUGGCGCAAGAUCAAGGCCGCCAUCAGGGGAGUCCAGGCCCGCAGGAAGUCUAUCUGCGAGAUCCGGAAGAAGGACAUGGCGCAUCUGUCCCAGCCGCCCAACCUGGGACGCACUCAGUCCAGCGAAUCCGCCUAUGUCUGACAAAAACAUUGAAAAUAAAAGGAAAACGAGAGGGGGUUGGGAUGGCUGCUCAAGAGGGAAAAUGGAUGACGCAUUUUUUGCCAAGCAAGGCAAUCAGUUUUCUGUGAUGGUGGAAGAAAACAGAAUGUAAAAUGACCAAAGGUCUGGCUCUGCAACUUUGAAAAUCAAGAGAAGGAGGCAGAGGACUAAGAACAUAGUCUAAACCAGGACAAAAAGUUUUUCUCCGCAGAAUGGACUUAAUUAACACAAUGGUCUCAUGAGAAGAUAUUCCUACCAUUUUAUAUGUCUGUCUUUUAUAAUUAAUUACCUUUUAUCCUCUGUAAUGAGAAAAAUCCAACCCACAUGGGGCCGGAGAGAGAAGAAUGAGGGGAAAAAAAGGGUUCAAAAGAAGAUAGUGAUGAUGUUCUCUUGGGAAAUUGGAAAAUGACUGAGGUGUGUGAUGCAUCUGAUGGUGCUUUUCAUCUGGACUUCAUCAGCUUCCCUUGAAAGAAUUGAGGGAAGGGGGGGCAGGAUAGGGGACGGGACGAGGAGGAGGAACGACAACAUCAUUAAAAGAGGAACGGAAGAACUGUCAGGGUCUUGACAAACCCUAAAGCUGCUCAAGGGGAGGGGGGAUCACCAAGCUGUGUGAGAAACAUAUAAUACAAAAGUGAGGAGUGAAGAGAGGAAGCAUUUUUCCUUUCCGAUCCUCUCUCCGUCAGAGCCAGACUGAAGCCAGGAGAAACGGAGCUGCCUCCGAACAUUAUGUCUCGCCUCUGCUGGAACAUCGACACAGGCCAAACCGAGAGAGAAAGACUGACGAUGUUUUUGCUUUGUCUCUUGGCAAAAGAUGAUUUCAACACAAACACAGCGACUAGCUACCAUAAACACUCUUUUCUUCACCUCCCCUCCACCUCCCUUCCUCCCUCUCAGCUGGCAGCUGUGGAGACAGGGGGCAGGGAGGGACGCGAGUGACAGAAAUAACCCCUGCUGCUCUCCUGCUGCAUAAACUUUGAAGAGUGAACAAAUGGACAGACGGAUGGUUAGUUUGAGUCUCUCCUAAAGCACAAACCAUACAAUCCUCCCUCCAGCAUUUUGGUGCGCUAGGAGAAGAAAAAGGAGAGCAGAAG